UGUCGCCUAUUAUAAAACUAACCAAAACUUCGUAAAGGUCAUUUUUCAACUGACGUAUACAAGGAACAGAAAUGAAAAUACUGAUAUUAGCAGUUAUAUUCGUUAUCUUAGCUGGUGUAAACUGUAGCAAUUACAGAAAUCCGUACAUCGAGAAUCUUCAACAGACCAUGUGCAGGAAUAAACGCUGUGGAUUUGAACAAGUAUGUGAAAUCAGGCUAGUGCAGUGUUAUAAAAAACCAUGUCGUUAUGAAACCUACUGUUCCCCAACAUGGGGAUCUUUGUAUAAGGGUGGUGCCUGUCCAGCAGCAGACGACAGCAGUGUCAGUACCAUUCGGUGCUUUGGAGAUUUCGGAUGUGGUAUAAGUAACAACGAUGUUUGUUGUCAUAAUCGUAAUACGAAAACCUCUUACUGCCACACACCUUAGAUAUAAUUAAUA